GGAUUCGAAACCACCGAGAACCGUCAAGAUGCCUUUGGAAUUGGUCAGCUCGACCAGCGAGACGUCAUCCAUGCAUUCAGAGCUGGCGACUCCGCGUUCAACGCCCAGUCCUACCUUUCGAGCAGCUAUCAACAUGCCUUAUCAUUUCUCUGGUUACCACCGUAUCAGCAACGGCUCUUCUCCUUGGAACUCGUCCUACGCAUUCCCCCAUGCGACACCUGGACCCGCUUACAAGCAUCAUCUCAAGGCCCUCUCCGAGAAACUUCGCAAACCUGCCCGUAGUUCCGGGUUGAUCCCCUAUGACCCCGGAAUGCAUCAAGGGGAAUACUUCCGGGCGUCCAAGGUCGGAGGGAGGAUCAUGGCGAGGAGCGCGAGUCCGUAUGGAUUACCUUGUGACCGGAUCGAGCAGGAGCGACUCGGCGCGCAGCACAAUCUGGUCAGACUAGCCCUUGGCGGCGCCUAUUUUGGCCCGUUACUCCAAGUUCUAGGGAAUCACGCAGCGCGCAGCUCUUCACCCAAACGGGUGCUAGACAUCGGCACCGCAAGUGGAACAGGCAUAUGGGCGAUUCAAAUCGCGGACGAAUUCCCAAACACCGAAGUUGUCGGUCUCGACCUCGUCCCGAUACAACCCCGCUCGGUCCCACCCAACUGCCGGUUCGAAAUCUACGAUAUCAAUGAUGGUCUACCCUUUCCCGCCGGGUCGUUUGAUGUAGUACAUAUGCGGUUCGCUCAUACUGGAGUCGUCUCGAUGACACACCUCGUUUCUGAGGUUCACCGGAUCCUCCGGCCGUCUGGUCAUUUUUUCUCCCUUUCCUCUCCCUCGUUCCUGUAUAACCUGAAUCCUCCUCCUUCCGGCACCAGCCCCGAGUUCUCCCAUCCCCUCGCCGAGCUCCCCUCACUUAGACACCUGAGAGAAACGUACGCGCGCGCGCUCCGAAUGAAACGCGCUCAAGUCGGCGCCGAAGAACUGGAUCCAUCCGCCUGUUCAGUCCUUGGAGGAUGUGAAGCUGGAGAAGCAGUAGCAAGAGUCCUGAAGACAAGAGGGAGAGGAAUGAGAAUCGGUGGAGAGGGAAAGGUCGGGCUGGGUGUUGGAGGGGGUCCGAACGAUCCGUACUAUCACCCGCACAUUCAUCCCUUGAUUCAACGCAACGUUCAAGCCCAGAUUCAAGCGGGCAAGGUCAUUAUGCUCGAAUUGACCGAUCUCACCGCGAGGGCAUUCGACGAGCUUGAACGCAACGUGUUGCUCGAACUACAACAGUAUAAAGUUUACCAGACGUAA